AUGGCGGCGCUGGCGAGGAUUUUGCGGUUGCAGAGGCGAUUCGUUCCAACACAAUCGCUCCACUAUGAUCGCUACCCCAUCGUUCAAGCUUCCUCUUGGCAUUCUUCUAUCAAUACAAUAUUAAACAGAUACGGACUUCUUAAAAGGGGGGUCUCGACACAGACAAAUCCAAGCAAACACGCUUGUGAAGAUGUAGAAAAUAAUGAAGCCGACACCUUGAAGUCUAGUGUGAACUCCGAUAAUGUCACUACAUCUGUUAGCAUUACCGAGAACUCCGAUAAUGUCACUACAUCUGUUAGCAUUACCGAGAACUCUGCCAUAAAGUUUUCGGCUAAUUCCAAUUUGAAAACAUCUUCAAGGCACGAUCUUGCUAUGAUUUUCACCUGCAAGGUCUGUGAAACGAGGUCCAUUAAGACAGUUUGUCGGGAAUCAUAUGAGAAAGGUGUAGUAGUAGCAAGAUGCGGUGGAUGUAAUAAUCUUCACUUGAUUGCGGAUCAUCUUGGAUGGUUUGGCGAACCGGGAAGCAUUGAGGACUUCCUGGCUACUCGGGGAGAAGAAGUUAGAAGAGGGUCAGUUGAUACUCUAAAUCUUACAUUGGAAGAUAUAGCUGGAACACAAUCUUUGAAAGUGUGGUAUCAUGAUCCCGGUCCUAGUGGUGAAGACUUGGAGUCUUAG